CGGGCCGGCGCUGUCGGGCAGUGAUUGGCCCUGCCUGGCGCAGCCCCGCCCCUGCAGUGUUCUGCAGUGUUCUGCAGUGUUCAUCAGACCUGUGCAGUCGCUCUGGCUGAGCUCCGGGUGGGAUCCAGCGUGGAGCCCAGGCCGGGGCCACCAUGGCGCUGCCUCCACGCCCAGCUACCCUCCCGCACACAACACUGCUACUCCUGCCAGCCUUUCUGAGCUCAGGUUGUGGGGAGUUGGUGCCACAAAUUGAUGGCCAGGCCUGGGCUGAGCGGACAGUUCGGGAGAAUGAACGCCAUGCCUUCACCUGCCAAGUGGCAGGAGGGCCUGGCACCCCGCAAUUGGCUUGGUACCUGGAUGGACAGCUGCAGGAAGCCAGCACCUCAGGACUGCUAAGUGUGGGCAGUGAGGCCUUCUCUGGAGGCACCAGCACCUUCACUGUCACUGCCCAGCGGGCCCAGCAUGAGCUCAAGUGCUCUCUGCAGGACCCAGGCAGUGGCAGGUCAGCUAAUGCCUCUGUCAUCCUCAAUGUGCAAUUUAAGCCGGAGAUUGCCCAGGUCGGGGCCAAGUACCAGGAAGCUCAGGGCCAGGGCCUCCUGGUUGUCCUUUUUGCCCUGGUGCGUGCCAACCCUCCUGCCAAUGUGACCUGGAUCGACCAGGAUGGGCCAGUGACUUUCAAUACCUCCGAAUUCCUGGUGCUGGAUGCCCAGAGCUACCCCUGGCUCACCAACCACACCGUGCAGCUGCAGCUUCACAGUUUGGCACACAACCUGUCCGUUGUAGCUACCAAUGAUGUGGGUGUCACCAGUGCCUCGCUUCCAGUCCCAGGACUCCUGGCCACCUGGGUGGAAGUGCCACUGCUAGGCAUCGUUGUGGCUGGAGGGCUUGCCCUGGGCAUCCUGGUGGCGUUCGGCACCUUGGUAGUCUGCCUGGUCUGCAGGAAAGAGAAGAAGGCCAAAGGCCCCUCCCGGUACCCAUCUCUGAUCUCUAGGGCGUAUCCCAGGCUUUGUCUGCCCUGUAGUGACUCCAACAACGUGAAACUCAACAACGUGCGCCUGCCACGGGAGAACAUGUCCCUCCCAUCCAACCUUCAGCUCAACGACCUCACUCCGGAUUCCCGAGGGAAACCAGCAGACCGGCAGAUGGCUCGGAACAACAGCCAGCCAGAACUUAUGGACCCAGAACCUGGCGGCCUCCUCACCAGUCAAGGUUUCAUCCGUCUCCCAGUGCUGGCCUACAUCUAUCGAGUGUCCAGUGUGAGCAGUGAUGAGAUCUGGCUCUGAGCUGAGGAUGAGGUGGAGGGUGCCAUGGCCCCUGGGCACUCUCCCACUCCUCCUCCAAGGUUUCCUCUGCCUGGCCAUGUUGCCAAUGAGAAGAGGCCAUGCCACUGCCACUUUUGCUUGCCCUCUGGCUGGGGUGCCUUCUCUGUCAUCCACAUGAUGGUUUCAUUGGGAUCUGACCCUCAGAGGUACAGGUGUCCUUGGUAAGGCUGUCGGCUGGAUCUAAGCCCUUGUUCUAACUCAGGAUGAGGGCCUGUUUGUAAUGCCCAUGUGUAGGUGGUUAGAGCUCUUUGCUCAGUGUAUUCAGAGUUCAUCUGAACAGGCUUGGGCCUUCUCUGUACCCCAUGCCAGUAUUCUGCAGCACGUUGCACAGUAGGCCUGGGGGCAUGCCUGGUGUGGGGCCAAGGCGAUCCCUGCAUGUUAUGGAUUCCCUUUCUAUGCUAUGCAGCUUUAUUCCCUCGAGGGAAGUUUAGGACUCUGCUAGCUGUAUAGAACCAAACUGCCCUUUGCAUAUAAACCAACCCUUGGCCCCGGGGCACUGGCCAAGCACAAAAUAGUCCCUUUUGCUGCAUACCUCUGCCCUUUCUCUGCUGCCUCUGUCCUCACCUUCUCUUGGGCGUCAUAGGUUAUAUGUUGGACCUCCUCCACUUCUUCACUGGGUACUAGACUUCCCCACUGGCCUGGCCUCUGGUGGUGUUAGUACCUGGUAUUAACACAGAUCAGGAAGAAAAGAGGGAGUCUGGUGGUAUCCAGGAGAGCAUGUAGCUAUGCUUCAUUUAACAUUGUAAGCACACUGCCAGGGCCCUCUCUGUGGCUUCCCCAAGUCUGGCCUUCCUGGGAUUCACUGAGUGCCCUGAGCCUUUCUCCUCAACAUGUCUCCCCUGCCAUGGGACCCUAAUCCUGACCAACCCCUGACUGCCCUAUCAGCAGGAAGCCACUCUUCCUGUCCCACUUUCUCUUCCUCAGGGGAUGGUCAUAUUGGCACAUAAUCCAGUAGUGCCAGAAGCUUUAGGGAGACACGGAGAAAGAGGGAGACUACAUACCCCCAAAUGAUCCCAGAACACUUUACAAAGCAACAUGGAAAUGAUUGUAAAUUAAUAGAGUGUGGAGUAUAUUUUUCCUUUGUUAUCUUAUUUUGAAAUUUUUCUCAUGUUACUGCCUAGGGCAGCGCUGAGCACACAGUAAAUUCAAUAAACUUUACUGAGUGAAUGUUA